GUGACUGCAGCGUCCUGCAUUACUGAGGAAUAAAACCGAGAACAGGACAGGAACAAGACAUUAACAUCUGAAAGCCCAUAAGAGAGAUUUAUUGUAACCACCGAGAGGAGGGAAAUGAAUGCAGCAGCAAUGUGAAAAACAUCUGCACUGAUCAGGUUUUCUUGCUCGAGUGGGAAAGUUUUAGAGAAAUGUAACCUUUUCUGAGAGGUAAACCAUGGAACAGAGGCGCCCCGAUACACCCAGCGUGAGGGUCCUUGAUUUGGGUUGGCAAGGUCUGCUGAAUCCAAAUCCUGUAAGCCGAGAAGAAGAUGAAACCCUUGUUGAUGAAUACCUCUCCCCUUCAAGACUGAAAGCACUUACUGGGGAAGAUAAUCUGCAAGAAGUUACAACACUCCAAAUGUGUGUGGACACAAGGGAGCGCACCUUGGGGAAUUUUGGUACACACAUGCCAAACCUUAGAGAACUUAAGCUGAACAACAGUGUGAUAAUGUCCAUCAGAGAUCUUGGUACUUCGCUGUCACAUUUACAAGUGCUCUGGAUGGCUCGUUGUAGCCUUACUGAUCUUGAUGGCAUAUCCUCCUUCUCUUCUUUAAAGGAGCUGUACCUGGCUUAUAAUGAUCUCAAGGAUCUCAGCCAGGUAAGCAUGCUGGAAAAUCUGGAGAUCCUUGAUCUUGAAGGCAACAAUCUGGAUAAUAUUAGUGAACUACAGUACUUGGCUUUAUGCAGCAAGCUUACAACACUCACUUUGGAAGGAAACCCCAUAUGUUCCCGACCCAGUCCUGAAGACACUGAGUCUUCAGAUUACAAUUACUGUGUAGAAGUGAAAAGAUUGAUCCCACAAUUGCAAUACAUUGAUGAUGUCCCAGCUGACCAGAGAAACCCAAACACACCACGCACUCCAAACCAGGACUGGCUAAUGGUGUUGGACUCCCUCAAAGAAAGUGCUAUGAGCAUAGCAUCUGUGGACCUAGGACGUGCCCAGAGAAAGCCAUCUAUGAGACCCAGUACAGCCCAGCCAGUAUUAAUCAGGCGACCACACUCAGCCCCAAGAGCCUCAAGUGCUGGAAGAAUUGUCACUAGCCUCCCAAGUGCUGAACCAUCAGAUGAUUCUCCAGCCGAGGAUGAAGCCAGUGACCUAACUCAUGGUGUUGGCAAAGUCAUCUGUGGGAAUCCUAUUAAAGCUCUGCGUGCACGCAAGGAAAAGUUGGAGGCAACUCAUGGCUCAAGUGUACCACCGAAGGGAUUCAAGCCGGAAGUCUCAUUUGAUUCUGUGUCUCAAAGGGAUAGGGAUGAUGUGUUUGCAGAACUGAAAGCUUGGAGAGAGAUGCAUCAUGAGGUGCUGCAAAGGAUAAAGGAUGAACGGGCUCCACAGGUUCUCACAAUAUCACAUAGUGAUGAAGAGGAUACAGAUAGUUUCUCUUCCAGCAGUGAGGAUGAAGAUCUGGAGGACACUUGGGACUCAGGAUGCCCUGUUAGAGUAUCCCCUGAGACUUCAAUUCACUCUCCUAGAUCACCGACAGCCAUCCCACUGAAUGCUGGAGAGUUGAUAUCACCUGAUUCCCCACUGCAGCCAUCACCCCCUAUCACUCCAUGCCCACCGGUUUCAAUAGGUGUAAAAUCCAGACCUAACAAGGGUGCAGACAUUCGAGCCAGGCGUUUGCUUAGGGUCUACACUCCAAGCAAGACCACAGCACUGAGAGCAAUGCCAACAGAUACGUGCAUGGGGGAUGAGGCCUUUUUGGCAACUGAUAUUGAUGACAACAUUAUUAGGGCUCAGUUGAUGAUCCAACAAACUAGUAAACCAGUAGGUGAGCUGAACACAAGGUCCUCUUCUGGAACAGGACAACUGGAAAAUAAUAACUCCAGACCAAUAUUAGCCAGAUUUAUUUCCUCUCAUCAGCCUGUUAUUCGCUCCUCCAUCAAAACCCCAGAGAGACCCUCACCCCCACAAAUCAUUCGUCCUGUUACAGCCACAGGCAUCCUGCAAAGGCUGCCCAAUCGACCAACUCGUUUAACAGCUAGCAAAAGUUCAAGGACAUAGCAAGCAGAAUUUAGAACACCUUGUCACAACAAAAAAAAAAUUCUACAAAGGCCACCAAAGAAGCCUCGAUAAUGGACUGUUGCCAUUGACUGCUUCCUACUAGCUCAGUGGAACUCUUCACAAGCAACAUACUGGAGGACCAAUUUCUGAAAAUAGUUCAACAAUUUUAAGAUGGUAAAGGGAACCUUCUUAAUAAAAAAUUAUUUUGAUGGUAAGUUGCCUUGACUUGAUAACUUAAAGCCCAACUUCAAUCUGACGUUCAGGUGUUACUACAGUUAACCCAAUAUUCCAUUCACUCCCAUGUCACGCUUUGAUAGG